CUAGUCCUAUGCCUGCGGUUGGAGUUGAGGGUUUUGGUUCAUCUCACUCCUCUCCUCUCCUCUCCACUCCACCAUCGUCGGGGGCGCAUUCGAUUUCCUAGUUUGGAUACCUUCCUUCCUACUUCUCCUACGCGCCGCUGAGUGUUUGGUGUGCUUAGCCGAAGAUUUCACUUUCAGUUAGCCUAUUUUUGGAGAUGCAAGGCAUGAGGAAAUCGGCCCUUCUCUUGAGAUCUCGGAAUGGGCUGUCCUCCCUCCUGGGGCGAAAUCCUGCAAAAAAGUGCUUAGCUCAUGUUGGUUUUUCAUCGUCGACCCUUGUUACAGGGAAAGCUGCAAUUUCCCGGCCGACAAUAAGGAUACCAAUGCCUUCUAAGUCGGGGUUUCUGAGGCCUUUCACUGCUGGUGCCGCGCAUAUUGCUCAGUUGGACUCUCGUCAAGCAAAUGGACUCCUUGUUUUUCAUGGUAGAUGGAAUUGCAGACAAUCCUCCACAGCAGGAUUUAGAAGUUCAUGCCAACUUCUGCAAAGAAAUUCAACAAACAGCAGUAGUCGAUUCUCUGCCAGAUCCUUUGCAUCAAGAAUGUCUAGGAGAGCUGAGCAGAAACAGUCCGAGACCAAAAAAGAUGUGUCCACAGUUGAGGAUCCUUUUGAUGCUCCCACCUACAAUAUCCCAGAGAAGCCUGUUACAUUUACAGAGGGCGCUUCCUACACUUUGGUAAUCCUAGUAGGCCUAGGAUUAGCAGCAGCUGCAGGUUAUGCUGUUUUCAAGGAACUGAUCUUUGAACCAAAAGAGUACAAGAUCUUUAACAUGGCUUUGAAGAGAAUUCAAGAUGAUGGUCAGGUGCGAGUGAGGAUUGGAUCUCCUAUUACGGGUUAUGGUCAGGAAAGUCGGAACAGAGCUGCUCGUCAGAGAAUUCCAAACAAGAUAUACACAGACGAAGAUGGUGUAGAGCAUGUCCUGGUAAGCUUUCAUAUCAGGGGGCCACAUGGAGCUGGCAAGGUUUCAGCUGAAAUGUUCAGGGACAAAGUUGACAAGCAGUGGAAGUAUACAUACUUGAUCGUUCAGAUCACACACCCUUCACAAUCUCAACUCAUUCUGGAGUCUUACAUACCAGCUGCUGCACCAGUUCCAGCAUGAGCUAACUGGCCCAAGGUUGCAAAUCCUUGAGCCAUCAUAGUAUUACUGAUCAUGGAAUGGCUUCAUUAUUCAUCAAUAGUACAUCCUGCGCGGUCAGUCGCUUUUGGAAUUUGUUCAUAAAUUUAAAUUGGUUACAAGCUACAGUUUUGAUAUUGGUAGCUAGGUGGGAAUCUUUUGUUUGUUGUUUUUGCAUGGGUUCUUUGAAUCAUGGUCUCAACAUAUUUCAUGGAAUGAAUGUAUGUCUGUCCUUUUUACAUGACAGAAAGAUUGAUAAUUAUUAUUACAAUGCCCAAAUUUGACAUAGAAAUAAAAAUGCAGAAAUAAU